CUCGGCCGAAAGGGCAAGAGAAGCAUCCCCUUGACAAGCAUGCGCUGCGAUUCCUCUUGAUGAUGGCUACUAGUCUACUACUAUAGCAGGCUUAGCUAGCAGCUGUACAGUGCACCACACGCAACACCUGUGAGCAGACACGCGGCGAGCUCCGAUUCGCGGCGGCUGCCUAUUUGAGGCGGGCAACAGGAGCGCGCUCAUUGAAUAAACUCCCGCUACUACGUCGCUCUCGCACCCGCCUUCGUCAACAUCAACGCCGGCCGCAGCUAUAAUAGGCUAUAGCAUGGCGGCAGCGACGCUAGCACUACUACUAGUGACGCUGGCGGCGCUGCACGGCGCGGCGCCAGUACUGGCCGUGGCCGGGGACCCGCCGUUCUCGUGCGGCCCGUCGUCCGCGGAGGCGUCGGAGGGCCUCGCGUUCUGCGACGUGACGCUGGCCCCGGCGCAGCGCGCGGCGGACCUGGUGUCCCGGCUGACGGCCGCGGAGAAGAUCGCGCAGCUGGGCGACCAGGCGCCGGGGGUCCCGCGGCUUGGCGUCCCCGGGUACAAGUGGUGGAACGAGGCGCUGCAUGGUCUGGCCACCUCGGGCAAGGGGCUCCACUUCGACGCCGCCGUCCGCGCCGCCACCAGCUUCCCGCAGGUGUUGCUCACGGCCGCCGCCUUCGACGACGACCUCUGGCUCCGCAUCGGUCAGGCGAUCGGUCGGGAAGCCCGUGCGCUGUUCAACGUUGGGCAGGCGGAGGGUCUCACGAUCUGGUCCCCGAACGUGAACAUCUUCCGGGACCCGCGCUGGGGCCGCGGCCAGGAGACACCCGGCGAGGACCCGGCCGUGGCGAGCCGCUACGCCGUCGCCUUCGUCCGGGGCAUCCAGGGAAACAGCUCGUCCUCGCUCCUGCAGACAUCCGCGUGCUGCAAGCACGCCACGGCCUACGACCUGGAGGACUGGAACGGCGUGGCGCGCUACAGCUUCGUGGCCCGCGUGACGGAGCAGGACCUGGAGGACACCUUCAACCCGCCCUUCCGUAGCUGCGUCGUGGAAGCAAAGGCCAGCUGCGUCAUGUGCGCCUAUACGGCCAUCAACGGCGUGCCGGCGUGCGCCAACUCUGAUCUGCUCACCGGGACCGUCAGGGGGGACUGGGGCCUCGAUGGGUACGUCGCCUCGGACUGCGACGCCGUGGCGAUCAUGCGCGACGCGCAGCGGUACGCGCCCACGCCGGAGGACGCCGUCGCCGUCUCGCUCAAGGCUGGACUGGACAUAGACUGCGGCUCCUACGUCCAGCAGCACGCCGCGGCCGCAAUCCAGCAGGGGAAGCUGACGGAGCAGGACAUCGACAAAGCCCUCACCAACCUGUACGCGGUUCGGAUGCGGCUGGGACACUUCGACGGCGACCCGAGGAAGAACAUGUACGGCGUCCUCGGCGCCGCGGAUAUCUGCACGCCGGAGCAUAGGAAUCUUGCGCUCGAGGCAGCGCAGGACGGCAUCGUGCUGCUCAAGAACGACGGCGGCAUACUCCCACUCGACCGGUCCACGGUGACCUCCGCCGCCGUCAUCGGCCCCAAUGCCAACGACGGCAUGGCCCUUAUCGCCAACUACUUCGGCCCGCCGUGCGAAUCCACGACGCCGCUCAAGGGGCUCCAAAGCUAUGUGAACGAUGUGAGGUUCCUGGCCGGGUGCAAUUCGGCAGCCUGCGACGUCGCCGCGACGGACCAGGCUGUUGCGCUGGCGGGCUCGGAGGACUACGUGUUCCUGUUCAUGGGGCUGAGCCAGAAACAGGAGAGCGAAGGGAAAGAUAGGACGAGCCUGCUCCUUCCGGGGAUGCAACAGAGCCUCAUCACUGCCGUUGCCGACGCGUCAAAGCGACCGGUUAUCCUUGUGCUUCUCUCCGGCGGACCGGUGGACAUCACGUUCGCGCAGUCGAACCCAAAGAUCGGUGCCAUCUUGUGGGCUGGGUACCCCGGACAGGCCGGCGGGCUCGCCAUCGCCAAAGUGCUAUUCGGCGACCACAACCCCAGCGGGAGGCUGCCAGUGACGUGGUACCCGGAGGAGUUCACCAAGGUGCCCAUGACGGACAUGAGGAUGCGCGCCGACCCGACCAGCGGCUACCCAGGCCGCAGCUACCGAUUCUACCAGGGCAAUACCGUCUACAAGUUCGGCUACGGCCUCAGCUACUCCACUUUCUCCCGCCGGCUAGUCCACGGAACCAGUGUUCCUGCGCUCUCCAGCACUCUUCUCACUGGCCUAAGGGAGACGAUGACACCACAGGAUGGCGACCGUAGCUACCACGUCGACGCCAUCGGCACUGAAGGAUGCGAGCAGCUCAAGUUUCCGGCCAUGGUGGAGGUGCAGAACCACGGCCCCAUGGACGGGAAGCACUCGGUGCUCAUGUUCCUCCGCUGGCCAAACACGAAACAAGGUCGCCCGGCAAGCCAGCUGAUUGGGUUCAGGAGCCAGCAUCUCAAGGCAGGGGAGACGGCUAAGCUCAGGUUUGACAUCAGCCCGUGUAAGCAUUUCUCCAGGGUGAGGGCGGAUGGCAGGAAGGUGAUCGAUAUUGGGUCUCAUUUCCUCAUGGUUGACAACCAUGAGAUGGAGAUUAGGUUUGAGCCUUGAGUUGUAGAUGGAGGGUAACAAGUAUAGUUCAAUACGACGCCAUUGUUUCUUAGUAUGAUACUCCAGCUUCAUUGUUCAUUCAUGCCAUAGAAAGUGGAGUAGAGUAAAACAAUAAAAAAUGAGACAUGUUCCCUGUGGUCGA